AUGGCAUUUGUAAGGCUUUCAAGAAAUUGGAAACGAUCAUCAGGAACAGGAGCCAUCAACCGCCGCAUACCAAAUAAAGAUGCUCCUCCUUAUGAUAAGAAGGAACCAGUUGCCACAACAGGGUACCUACAAAGCUUAACAAAAGUAAAUUAUAUGAAUUUUGAGGGUAAGGGAACAUGUGCAGUUCAAGGAUAUAGAUUUGCACAUACAGAGAGAGCACGUGAGAAUCAUACUAGUUCAAAAACUGUGAAUCCUCCUUAUGGUAGUCUUGAAGCAACUAAACCAGGAGAUAAGCCUAGAAUUGUUGUUCUUGGUUCUGGUUGGGGAGCAUGUAGAUUCCUUAAAGGGAUUGAUACCAAAAUAUACGAUAUUGUUUGUAUUUCACCUAGGAAUCACAUGGUUUUUACACCCUUACUCGCAUCGACUUGUGUUGGAACUCUUGAAUUCCGUUCUGUAGCUGAGCCUGUUGGACGUGUUCAGUCAGCUUUGUCCAAGGGUCCAAACUCCUACUUUUAUCUUGCUUCCUGCACCAGCAUCGAUACAGAUAAACAUGAAGUGUAUUGUGAGACUAUUAGCGAUAAUGGGCUCCCUUAUGAACCCUACCGGUUUAAAGUUGCUUAUGACAAGCUUGUAAUAGCUUCUGGAUCCGAUCCACUGACCUUUGGUAUAAAAGGUGUGAAGGAGCAUGCCAUUUUUCUUCGUGAAGUUAGUCAUGCUCAAGAAAUAAGGAAAAAAUUGCUGUUGAACCUGAUGCUCUCUGAAACUCCUGGCAUAUCUGAAGAAGAAAAGGAGCAAAUGUUGCACUGUGUUGUCGUUGGAGGAGGCCCGACUGGAGUGGAGUUUAGUGGUGAAUUGAGUGAUUUCAUAGUGAGGGAUGUUUAUCAACGUCAUGCCCAUGUUAAAAACUAUGUCCGUGUCACCCUCAUUGAGGCAAAUGAAAUUUUGUCAUCUUUUGAUGUUCGUCUUCGACAAUAUGCAUUGAAACACUUAACAAAGUAUGGUGUACGUCUUGUUCGAGGAGUUGUCAAAGAGGUGCACCCCAAAAAGCUGAUUCUUAGUGACGGGAGUGUUGUCCCGUAUGGACUUCUGGUGUGGUCGACUGGAGUUGGCCCCUCUGAAUUCACAAAAUCACUGAAGUUUCCAGCAUCUCCUGGCGGAAGAAUCGGCAUUGAUGAAUGGUUAAGAGUUCCUUCAGUGGAAGAUGUUUUUGCACUUGGAGAUUGUGCUGGUUUUCUUGAAGACACGGGAAGGCAGGUUCUUCCUGCUCUAGCUCAGGUUGCCGAAAGACAGGGGAAGUAUCUUGCACAUUUGUUCAAUAAACAGAUUGGCAAGCAAAAUGCAGGAAAGGCUUAUUCUGCAAAAGAUGUUGCUCUUGGAGAUCCUUUUGUAUACAACCAUCUAGGAAGCAUGGCGUCUGUGGGGCGUUAUAAGGCCCUGGUUGAUCUUACCCAGGCAAAGGCUGGUAAGGGCGUCUCGAUGGCAGGGUUCGUGAGUUGGCUGAUUUGGCGCUCUGCUUAUUUGACACGUGUUGUUAGCUGGAGGAACAGGUUUUAUGUCAUGAUCAACUGGGCAACGACGCUAGUCUUUGGGAGAGAUAAUACAAGAAUUGGAUGAACCAUUUUUUGCGAGGAUUAGUCUACAUUAUAUUUGGAACUAUCAAUUUUGUCACUUUACCGUAGUAUGAUCAUAUCUCUGCUAUCCAUUUUUUAUA